CUCACUUCCUUUUUACUGUCAGCGGGGGUACGGUGACCGCCCAAACAAGCUGCGAUUCUGGUGGCAAAUUCUGACCCCAAAUCACCUGAACUCUCUCCCCCCUAAUAACCUCCUCCCUUCAGCUGGGCCCGCCUCAUUAUACAGCCUUAUGGUCCUUAAAACAGCUGGUGCUCCGCUGACCCCUCAUUUCCCACACUCCGGGCCCGUUCCACGCCUUCCCCUCCCCCUAGCGCUCCUCCCCUUUCCGGGAGCCUCGUGCCUGGGGCCAAGCCGGAGGGAUCCGGGUGCCUAAGAGGGCGGGUCCUGGUCCCCCCCCCCCGCCCGCCCCGGGGAGCCUGAGGGAUAUAAGGCGCAACGGGAGCAGGGGCUCGUCCACACCAGGGUCCGGAGGAGCGAUGGUCACCCGGGAUCGAGCCGAGAAUAGGGACGGCCCCAAGAUGCUGAAGCCGCUCGUGGAGAAGCGGCGCCGAGAUCGCAUCAACCGCAGCCUAGAGGAGCUGAGGCUGCUGCUGCUGGAGCGGACCCGGGACCAGAACCUCCGGAACCCGAAGCUGGAGAAAGCAGAGAUACUGGAGUUCGCCGUGGGCUACUUGAGGGAGCGAAGCCGGGUGGAGCCCCCGGGGGUCCCCCGGUUCCCAGCCCAGGACGCCGAGGCGCUCGCCAGCUGCUACUUGUCGGGUUUCCGGGAGUGCCUGCUUCGCCUGGCGGCUUUCGCGCACGACGCCAGCCCGGCCGCCCGUGCCCAGCUCUUCUCCGCGCUGCAUGUCUACCUGCGCCCCAAGCCGCCCCGGCCGGAACCCAUCGAUCCGAGGCCCCAAGCAUCGCGCCCACCGCUGGACCCCGCCGCCCCGGCGCCUGGCCCCGCGCUGCACCAGCGCCCCCCAGUGCACCAGGGCUCCCCUAGCCCUGGUUGCGCCUGGUCCCCGUCCCCUUGCUCCCCCCACGCCGGGGAUUCCGGCGAGCCGGCACCCCUCACCGGACUGCAGCCGCCGCCUCCGCCUCCUUACAGACAAGACGGGGCGCCCAAGGCCCCGCCGCUCCCGCCGCCCGCUUUCUGGAGACCUUGGCCCUAAGCUUUGGGGGGUGGGGGCGGGGCUGGGGGUAGGGUAGAGACUCCAGCCUAAGGGCAGCAGAGGGAUCCGGGAGUCGGGGCGAGGAGGUGUUGGGGAGGGCAGCGGGGCGCGCGGGCGCAGCGCGCGGGUGAGAUGUGGUCUAUAUUAGAGUAUCUAUAUAAAUAUAUAUUUUCCUGGUUCCUGUCCCUUUCCCCUGCCCCCCGCUUGCGUCUAGGAUUGUACCCUCUCUGUCCCAGCCCAGCCCCAAUCCCUUCUCGAGUCCCUAGUGCAUGGAAUAAAGUGGUUAUUAAAUCCCCGUGUGUCCCAAAGCCAGGGGCCUGCCUUUAUCUCGGCGUCCACGCCUACUUUCCCUCCCCUUCUGUCUCCCGUCCCCCCAGUCCUGCUCCGAGGCCCAAGUCCCAGGGCAGACAGGUAAGUAAAGAAGAGUGCAGAGCAGAGACUGAGGCUGGAACUGAAAACAGACGGAAAACAGAGUUAGGAUCGGGGGAGAGGGACGGGACCUUUAGGGGAAAAAAAAAAAAAAAAAGGAAAGAAAAUAAAAGUUGGAAUAAAACCGACUCUGGUGGGAUUCGAACCCACAACCUUUGAAUCGCUCUUUCGUCACUAGAAGUCCAAUGCGCUAUCCAUUGCGCCACAGAGCCCGCUAUCCAGCGGCGGCGUCUGACGGCAUACGGGAGCUGGAUGGGGGAGGGGGAGAGGGAGGGGCGUACCAAGAGCUCGCGGUUAGGACCUGAGGCCUGCCAGGGAGAGGUAGCGGGCGCAAAGCAGGCGAGCCAGGUGGGAGUGCGGGAGCACAUGGGUGGAGGAAAUAGGGAGAGAGAGCAACAUGAGUGAGGGGACGAGCACAGAGCUCCAGCUGCCUGCUUGGAGGAUGAUGCUUCCAGCCCAGGCGCACCCCACUCCCAGAUGUGGCCCCACUCAUCAAAAUAAACUC